CAUAGCUUCUUCCGCUUGUUUGCUGCACCUCUUCAACAAUCAAGUAGUGUUCGCGACCACAACACUCCAUACAUCCACAACUCUUAACAUGCACCUCACCUCGAUGAACGGCACAUUGCGUACGGCCGCCCUCAGUGGCCGGUUUGCCCUGGCCUCUCCUUCCCCUUUACCCACCGCCACGCCGCUAUUUCAAUGCUGCCAGAAGAUGUCGCUCAGAACACAGGCAAGGCCAGCCAGCACAUCAACCACACGCAUCCCCUUAAAGCCAUCGCCUCGUCCUCGGACAAGCUCCAUGUGUCUCUCUCCCAUUCUCCGCAAUACUGCUUUUCGCCUUAACUCGACCGCCGCAAACGCAUCCCGCGCCGAAGCCUCCAAACUCGAUUGGAAUUCCUUCUUCAAACUCCGCGCAUCUCGACGCAGAUACACCCUCGCCUCGUCGAUAAUCGCCUCGAUGGCCAGUACAAUUAUUGGAGUACAGGUUCUUUCCGAACAGGAUCUCGAGUCCCUCGGUGCGCAGGUGAUGGGCUUGGAUCCCUUCAUUGUCCUGGGGUUGGCGACCGCUGCCUGCGGUGCGGUCGGUUGGCUCGCGGGUCCCUUUUUGGGCAAUGCCGUCUGGAGGCUGGUCUAUCGCAAAUAUAAGCCAGCUUUCUUAAUUAGAGAGAAGGAGUUCUAUGACAGAAUCAAGCGGUUCCGUGUCGAUCCCUCGUCUAACUCGAUUGCCAAUCCGGUGCCGGAUUACUAUGGUGAGAAGAUUGGUAGUGUCCAAGGUUACCGGCAGUGGUUGAAGGAUCAGAGGGCCUACAACCGCAAGAGACGCAGUUUCAUCAUCUGAUGUUAUAAAUCAACUCUAGCAUGUCCCUCUCUUCGAUAUGGCAAUUUCACUGGAUUCUAGUCUCUCGAUGUGCUUCCAUCCUCAUUUAAGCUCCAUUGGCUUUGCGUGGAGUUGUCUACAUCAGUCUUUGAGCGAUCGGCAUGAGUUUCUUUUCCACGGUGAUCUGCUUCCUCUACAGAGGCUACCUAUCGGCAAGAGCAUUUCAUCUCUGUCCUGUAAAAUAUACGCUAUUGAAAUUCAUAUCUGCUUCCUAAAAGUACCCUGUUCUUGAUCAAUGUAAGGUCUGCUCACGAGACACAGAUCAAUUACGA